AUGAAAAACUUGAACACUUAUUUUUUACGCUGUAUAAAGAUUCAAUGUAUUUUCCGUUUGCAGUUCAUCAACAGGAUUUCCCACCUGUACUUUUAUGCAAGUAGUGUCUGGUCAAUGGAAGUACCUGAAGCAGAGCUCAUAAACGAAUUUGAAUGUCAGUACUAUGGUUUCUCUCCGGCAGGCUUCACCGACUCAGUUUAUAACAUUGCAAUCAAGUCGUGGGAAGAGGCCGUCAAAGAGGUCGUUUCUAAGGAACCGCGAUUAGCGAAGGUCGCAAAUAACAAGAUGUUUCUCACCGAGCUAACGGGAAUGAUUUUCGAUCGCAAGGCAGUAAGAAUGGCUUUUAAUACAUUUACAGAUAGAGUUCUGAAAUAUAUUUUUCGCAUACCACGUUGUGUCACUCUUCCCGAGCAUAUGGACACCUUCAUGUUGAUGUUAUCAGAUGACCCAAACCAGAUGGAUGUUUCUGACCUAGACCGACAGUGUAAGAAGCUUGAGGAUUGCAUAGUGGAGAAGCGGUUCAUAUUGAACGAUUUGAACGAAGAAAUCCGGGAAGCAAACGAUGUUGUUGAAGUUCUCUCGACACUGGUUAUGGAGCUGGAAAAGAUUUCACCAAGUGCCGAUUUAGAGUCCAUCAAUAUCUCUUGUGGCGACAUCAAUGUUACUGGUUGA